UGCGAAGUUGCUGUAAACUACAUAAAACUUAGUUAUACUAUCAUAUUAGUUCAAUAUAACGAUUAGUUAUGUCUCUGCAGGACAGUGACGUACCACCAAGCUCUGGUCGCGUCACAUAGGUUAUUUGGGCGGGCCCAGCUUUCCGUGGGGUCCAUGACGACCCGUGUAGAGGAGGAUAAGGGUACCGCCUAAAAACAGACGCUUUUAUUGGACACACAGUGUUGCUAGGCGCUGCAGGAUGUCCGUAACAGCGCAUCAGCACUGGAACCGAAGCUAACUAUGAAGGCUAUAACAUAACGAGGGAGGAAUCUUUAGGGAGGUGUCGGUGCCGUAUUAUCCGAGAUGAGGAGAGCAUUGCCGCAGUGAGCAAAUAAUCUCAUCAGCGGGCUCUGGAUUUCAUGUCCCUUACAGACGCUGACAUUUAUAAGAAGCAAGGGUACUCGGGUUUGAACCUGCUGUGUGGUCGCUUGGUCAAAGUAGACGUCUGAAAGACCAUUCAUUAAAAUGUUAUUUCAAGGGACAGCUGCGCACUUUAUAGUUUUAUGACGGAUUAAACAACGUGACAAUCUCUGUCAACUACCUAGCAUGGUGCAUUCAUUCAAGGAGGACCAUGCAAACGGCUGAAUGUCACAGAUGAGUGUACAACGAUUCACUGGUCAUGGAAAACCGGACUGGAUCCAACUCUGAGCAGCAGCCUGUGGGCUUCACAGCUCCUUCUGUCCUCUCAAAAAAGACUGUAAUUUAUGAAAAUGGCCACGAACAUCCCACUCACAUGGACCCCACAGCUGCAGCACACAGAGGGGCCAGCGAUCCAACCACGUACCCUCUAUCAGAUUACAAAGGUCUGGUCCGGCAGAGAUUUAUACGCAGAAGUUUGUGGUUCUCUGAGUCAGAGGAUCAAGAAUUGGAGAUUUCAGAAUGCGACACCACCAGCAUUCCCGUUAAAAGUGCACAUAUUGCUGUCCAGAGGAGCUUUAACGUGGAGAGUCCGGUGGGACAGGGGGACGGUGUAAAAGAGAACUUCACCAAAGAGCCAGAGACAAGUGACGCUGAGGAAAAACAUGAUGCUGAACCAUCUGAAACAUCCAAGAGUGUGGGGAAAGCUGGGAGUGAUGAGAACGAGGAAGAGGCCGAAAUGAAGGCUGUAUCCACCUCUCCAGGUGGACGCUUUCUUAAGUUUGAUAUUGAGCUUGGCAGAGGGUCCUUUAAAACAGUGUAUAAAGGCCUGGACACUGAAACGUGGGUGGAGGUGGCCUGGUGUGAACUUCAGGAUCGUAAGCUGUCCAAAGUGGAACGUCAGAGGUUUAAAGAGGAAGCAGAAAUGCUAAAAGGUCUUCAGCAUCCAAACAUUGUGCGUUUCUAUGACUUUUGGGAAUCUCCUCUUAAGGGGAAGAAGUGCAUUGUUUUAGUCACUGAACUGAUGACGUCUGGAACACUGAAAACGUAUCUGAAGCGAUUCAAGGUAAUGAAACCAAAAGUUUUACGAAGCUGGUGCAGACAGAUCUUAAAAGGUCUUCACUUUCUCCAUACGAGGACCCCUCCCAUCAUCCAUCGUGACCUGAAGUGUGACAACAUCUUCAUCACUGGUCCUACAGGCUCCGUCAAGAUUGGAGAUCUUGGCCUGGCCACUCUAAAAAGAGCUUCUUUUGCCAAAAGUGUAAUCGGCACUCCAGAGUUUAUGGCCCCUGAGAUGUAUGAGGAGCACUAUGAUGAAGCAGUAGAUGUGUAUGCAUUUGGGAUGUGUAUGCUAGAAAUGGCUACCUCUGAGUAUCCAUACUCAGAGUGCCAAAAUGCAGCACAAAUCUAUCGCAAAGUUACUAGCGGUGUGAAGCCGGCCAGUUUCAGUAAGGUGUCCGUGCCUGAAAUAAAAGAAAUCAUUGGAGAGUGUAUCUGCCAUCGCUGGGAGGAAAGGUACUCUAUAAAGGACUUACUAAAUCAUGCAUUCUUUGCGGAGGACACUGGAGUGAGAGUAGAGCUGGCAGAAGAGGAUGACUGCACGAAGUCUUCCAUUGCUCUAAGGCUUUGGGUUGAAGACCAGAAGAAACUUAAAGGGAAGUAUAAAGACAGUGGUGCUAUCGAGUUUGCCUUUGACCUGGACACAGAAGUCCCGGAAACAGUUGCCCAGGAAAUGGUGGACUCUGGCUUCUUUUUAGAGAUUGAUGUGAAGAUUGUGGGUAAGUCUAUCCGUGACCGUGUGUCUCUAAUAAAGUGGAGAAGACAGCGGAGCGCCUCAGCACGUAAUGGAAAGACAGAAGAGAGAAGCACCAAGACUCAGGCACAAAAUAUCCUUCAGGUGCCCUCCACAGCGCCACCAGUGGGUGGACCACCCAGUCUUCCAUCUGAAACCGAGGAGCUACAGACUGAAGCAGUUAGCCUGAUUUGCAGUGCCCCAACAAGUGCUACUACAGCUACACCAGACAGCAGUACAGGCUCAUCAAUGGUAACAGGCACUUCGGGCAACCAAGACACCUCUCAGCAAUCCCUAUCUGAGUCCAUUUCCACUGCCCAAAGGGUCUUAAGCCCUCCAGCACAGCUUCUGGCUCAGUUGCCAGAAUGUGCCCAACAGCCAUCUACUUCACACCUGCCUCUGAGGACUCAACAACAACCUGCUCUACAAAUGCCCCAAGGUGUCCCACAACAAACCAUCGGUCAGUUACUCCAUGGGACGCAGCAACAACCUAGUCCUCAGAAACCCCAGGGAGCCCAACAACAGCCUAGUGCUCCCAUGCACCAGGCUGCACAAGCACAGGCCCAUGGUUUGGUGCCACAAGCACCCCAGCAACAACCCACUGUUCAGCUGCACCAGCAAUAUCAGCAGUCAACUCAUCAGCUACAUCAAGGGGCUUUUCAGCAAUCUUCUGUACACCUGCAUCAGAGCGCCUACCAGCAAUCACCUCCUUCUGCACAAUUGGUUCCAUCUAAGACCGUCUCUGCUCCAGCUACUCCUGUACCAUAUGCUCGUCCACAGAGCAUUCCUGCCUCUGCCCUCUUGGCACAACAAAACCAGACAACUGUACCACUAGCACAGGAGUUUCAUCUCUAUUUCCAUCCUGAAGCUUUCCCGCCUCAGACUUUAUCAACAUUUCAGCCCCUAGUGCAGCCAUCUUCAGAUCCUCAGUCCAUUCCACAGCAUCUAUUACAGUCGGCAACUUCAAUGCUCAGCACCACUAGCCUUCCUUCACAACCACAGCUAAAUGUUCAGACACCCCUUCUCCAGCCUCUACAAAUUGCCACACAGUUUCCUUCGACAUAUCCUCUUUUGCCAGAAGGGGGCACAUCUGCAGGGACAGAGUCAAUACCUUUCUCCUCAGUCUCUUACUCUUCACCCUACCACACAAAUGCUCCUCCUAUGUCUUCCCCCUACUACUCAGCAAGCCCUAUCACUGCUCCUCUUCCCCUACUACCAAUGCAGAAUGUACCUUGCAUGCUAGGAGCAGGAACACCUGUGUCCACCCCUCUGAAUGUUCCUACCACUAUACCUCUCCUGGCUAUGGCCCUGUCCCCACCCAUGCUUCCUCCCGAGGAACAUCUGCAGCAGAUGUACUCCCCAGUUCCACCACCAGAAGGUGCCCUUUUCCGAUCUCAACCCCAACCAACACAGCCCUCCCUUCCCGUCCCUAAUCCAGCCUCCCUCCUUCAGCAAGACCCAUCUAUUCCUGAACCUUUUACAGAGGAGUACCCUCGUCAUGAGGAAAUGCAGAUCCUGGCCCCAGCUCACACCAUUGUGUCACAGAUCCAGUCUCCUCCACAGGACUGGCAGUCAGAGCCAAGGUUCACCACUGCCCAAGCCCCACCUGAGACCAUGCAGCCUCCUCUGCAGCCUGCUGGCAUACAGACAGGAUAUGCUGUUCCUGAGAGUACUGGCAAGCAAAUGGCAGACACUGCUUCAAUGCCUCUUCCUCAUGCAUCAGAGCCCAGCCCAUUUCAGCCCAGCACUGAGGCAACAGCACCUGUAUCUAUUCCUUUCCAUAGUUAUGUAUGUGACAGCCUAAACCAAGAUGCAGGUUCUGGUAAAGAAAUGAGUGAUAGCUAUGAGGGACCCACUGGUGUAGGAAAGGGUGAUGGCAAACCCAGAAAGCACCACCGCAAAUCAGCUCGUACGCGCUCACGCCAGGAAAAAAUUAACAAGCCAAAGCUAAGCAUGCUAAAUGUUAGUAAAACAGGUGACAAGAUGGUGGAAUGCCAGCUGGAGACACACAAUCAUAAAAUGGUGACUUUCAAAUUUGACCUAGAUGGAGACGCACCUGAAGAAAUAGCCACUUAUAUGGUGGAAAAUGGUUUCAUUCUACCAAUAGAAAAGGAAAUUUUUAUAGAUCAACUUAAAGACAUUGUUGACAAGGCAGAAGACAUUCUAAGCGAGGACAUGGAUGGAGAGAAGACAUCAGAACUUGUGACAAGUCAUUUGCAAGGACAAACUCCUAGGGAUCAAGUGGGAGAGGGAAUAAAAGGACAGCAACCUGGGGCCCCCCAGCCUGUUUAUCAGCAAAAUGUUCUGCACACAGGUAAGAGGUGGUUCAUCAUCUGCCCUGUGGAAGAGGCUCCUGCUGCCAGUCAGGAUGCAUCCUCAGAUGGAGGUCCAUCUACACAAUCUCCAUCCACAACAACAUUAACUGAUGGGACAGCUCAGCCUAGUGAGAGUGCAUCAGCCCAGCCACCAGAACCCAGCACAGGAUCUGCCUCUGCAUCAAUGGAUUCAGAAGCCUGUGCCACGGCACCUCCAUCUGGAGGAAGUGAUCCCUAUGGGGUUUGGAGCCCCCUUUCUAUGACCACUACCGAUCCUCUGUCUUUGGCUGCUCUUUCCCAAGCUCCCCCUGCCCCACAAGUUGCUGCAAUGCCAGUGCAGCCUGCUUCCCAUUCAGAGGAGGGGCCACAUUCGGGCUCCACCCAGGUCAGUGUGCAACAAUCCCAGCCAUGCAUGGAUCCUCAAAGCUCUCUUUUUGUGGAUGAGACCCAGAGUGGCAGAUUAGGCUCAGUUUCCCCCAUGCACACUGCUCAGCAGAUGGCUGAAAUUGCAUGUGCUGUCUCCAUGGUGGAGGACGUGCCCUGCUGUCCCUUGGUCAUGCCGCUGUCUCUUGAAGUGAGCAGUGGGGCUCAGAGGUCAUCCUCUGUGAUGCCGCCACCAUCACAAGAGAGUACGUCUGCUCGUGAGCAACUUCACUCCAUUACGUCGAGUCGAGUGGAACGUACACAGCAGCCUGUAGUGCUGCAGCAGCCUUUGUCAACUGUGAGUGGAAAUAAGGCACCUUCCCUGCCUCAAAGCCCUGCUCCUUCACAGCACCACUUUGUCCCUAGUGAAUCAGAUGGAGAGGCACGUACCAGAGGAGGGUUUGUAGACAGCACUAUUAAGACUCUGGACGAGAAACUGAGGAAUUUACUGUAUCAAGAGUAUGCUCCCAUGUACCCAUCGGGAAGUGCUGCUGAAACUCCAGGAUCUGGCACAGAGUAUAUCCAGUCUCCACCAGGACCAGAGAGUGCAGUAGGAGGGUCAGGAACCAGCACACCUAGUCUUAUGGGAGAGGGACGAUUCAGAGCAGGAGAGCAAUUGCCACAGAUUCCAGAGCGCGUGGACAGUUUAAGUGCUCUUAGCGACUCUGCGGUUGGAGUUACUGUGUCAAGGAGACAUGUGAUGCCACACUCUACCUCUUGCUCUGGAUCUAGAAGUCGGUAUAAGAUGGUGCCUAGCUCCACUGACAUACUGUCAGGUCAAGGUCGGAAGCAGCGUAGCCUGAGCAGCACAGCAUCUCCAGCACACCCUGGGGGCUUUUUAGGAGAAUGUGCAAUGUAUGAAGAGCCGACUGUGUCAGCUACUACUGUCGGCAGGUUCUCAGUGGUCAGCACAGAAGAUGAGGUCACACGCAGGAAGCACAGCAGCAGAUAUUCCGCCCCACCUGACUUUUAUCUGGAUGCCCCACCUCCUCUGACCAAACGAGGCUCGCUGCCAAGGGCACAGACCUCAGUCUCAGCGGAUGUCACCGUUCACACCCGUUUCAUGUCCUCCGACUCUGGGGCUGAGAGCAGCCCUGCCAAAAUGGCCCCCACAACGCCAUCCCGUCAUGGUAGGUCUGAAAGGAGAGGAAGUGACCUCAUGAAAAGGGCAGUGGCUUUUCUGAGGCGCUCCGGCCGCAGUAGUAGUGUGCAAAGCUCUGAUUCGCCUAGCAGAAAGGGAGGGGUUUACGGAUCCUGUGUCAGCAGUGACAAUGAUUCAGAGAUGGAGGACUCGGAUGUAAAGAGGGAGCUUCAAAGACUAAGAGAAAAGCAUAUGAAGGAGAUAACUGAAUUGGAGGCCAACCACCGAGAAGAGAUUGAGUUUCUCUACAUUAGAUUAGGGAAACCACCUCCUCCAGGUCUUUACAUCCCGCCCACAGCGCCCCCUGCUGGACGCAAGCGCAGGACCAGCAGACACAAACUAAAAGCUGGCAAAUUGCUCAGUCCUCUUGUACAACAGCUGAGAAAUGUUGCCUCUAAAACUAGUGACAGCAGCAAACCUAACGAUUUAACAAAAUCAGCAGAGGCUGCCCCAAGCUUGAAUGGGUCUCCUGCCAGGGCUUCCAACUUGUCCGAUGGCAAGGCUUAUUCUGGGACCGGGACGCUACCUUGUUCUGUGUCUGUUCCGGUUCAGACCCAACAGCCCUGCUCUCUCAAAGGAUCUCUCUCCUCCGACAACAUCUACUCUGGUCUACAGGGAGAAGGACCUGGGCCACGCAGCCAGCCUGGCCAAGGCUGGCCUCCUUCUCCCCAGGCGUCUGCGCAGGUCACCUAUAAAUCCAGUAGUAAACCACGCGCUAGAUUCCUCAGUGGGCCUGUUUCUCUGUCCAUCUGGUCAACACUUAAACGCCUGUGUCUGGGUAAAGAACGUGGCAGCAGAUCUGGAACACCAUCAGCUGCCUCUAAUCAGUCCCCAAUGCCUCCUGGAUCCACUCCCCCUCCUCACCAGCCAAUUGGUCUCGCCCCACAGACAAACAACAGCAACAACAAGACAGAUGCUUUCACACAGCAGCUUCAUAGGCUGGUGGAUAACUGGGCAGAAGGGGUGAGGGCUCCUUCACGCUCACGCUCCCUCAGUCUAAGACCACAGCAACUGACUAGAUCCAGGAUCUGGAGCGCUAUAGAGGCUCCGAUUUCAAUAGAGAGAUUGAAUGCUUCCCAGCUGUCUCUUUCCUGGCCGCAGAUUGAUUUCCAUGCCUCUGUGAUGCCGAUUGACACUUCACAAGUACUCCAGCGCAGUUUUAUGGUGCCUGGUAACCCUUACGGAAAGAUGCUGACCGCCCCACCCUUAGACAUGGACCACUGGCCAGCAAUGACUGCCACUCAUAACCAAGAAGUCUUUGCUUUUACCGCUGUGCACUCCUCCUCUUGGACAGCACCUUCUUCCCCCAGCGAGGUUCCUAAUUCUAGGAAUAGGACCAUGUAGCUUCACAAUCACUGUACUUACACUUCUUACUCUGUUGCCAAAAACACUUCAGAGUUUCUUUAGAGUGCUAGUUAGGCCUAGCAGUGUGCAAUUCUAUCUGUUGCAGUUGUUAGCAUGUAGUUGCUUACAAAGUAGUAAUCCCACAUGGACAUGUAAAUACUCAGGCCAACAACGUAGGCGUAUCAUCUGUAGUGUACAUUCAGUAUUAUUGUACAUAUUCAUAUAGCCUAUGUAGCAUAACUGAAUUUUAGCAUAGGCAUAUGUACAGAAUGUAUAUUUUUCAUCAAAAUCUAUUUAGCUUGCUAGUGUUUGUGCAGAAUCAACUUCCUUCACACCUUGAGCUGUACACAUAUGUAAAUGCUAUAAGGUACAGUAAGAUGCUCUUAAAUUGGUGGAGAUGUGUAUAGACACUGUUUAUACUUCUGUAAAUAUAAGCUCUGUCUGCAUAUGUGCAUAAACUGGACAAGUAAAUGAAAGACUAAGGUUUAGGUCAAUCAGUGUUUUGGGUUGAAUAGUAUCACAUCACAAUUAGCUGAAAACACUGUUGGAGUUUGGAGCGAUGAUCACGAUCAUGACAUCACUGUGAAUUUUUCACCACGUCCUGCAGCGAUCGCAAAUUUCGCAACGCACUAGUCAAAAACACAUUAUCGCAUGCUAGAAAAGUAACAACCAAGACCUGCACUGAGAAAAGAGAGAACUUUAACUGACUGUACAUUUCAGGUGAACAAGCCUGCUAGAGUGCCUUGAACUGCAACUGAGGACUGUGCUACGUACAUUACCAGCCAGUGUACCAAGGGUAAUGGUGACUGCUGUUAAUUUUCUGUUACCAAGCAUAAUACUAACUAAAUUCAUGUUUUCCCCACGUGCAGUUUAUGAUGUCCUUUAUGGACAUGUAUAAAAUGCAUUUCAACACAACCUACUUGUGGUAUACAUUAGUUACGAGUGUCAUUUUGUUUUGAAGGAAUGUGCAUUGAUUUUGUUAUUUUCUACAUCAACUGAUACAGUAAAAAAUCACAUUGACCUAUAGCAAAAAGGAAAGCAAGAUUUGUUUUCAAAACUGUAAAGUUGUUUUUCUGCAUCUAAAACCUAAUUGUACAAUUAAUGAGCUGAAAGAUCUCUACUGCUGCAGUCAUGUUUGCAGUUACAGCACAGUCUCAUAGCACAAUACCAUCAUUUAGAUCCCACUGCAACUGUUUUCAUUAAUAAUCCUAAUCCUGGAGUUUCCUGGUGGAGCGCCAGUGAUUUCAUAGAGUGUUGACACAGACUGAUGCUUUGCAACAUACAGUAUAAAAGACCGUGUCUACCCUAAACUAACUAUUAACACCUAAAUUUGAGUCGAAAUAAAGCAAUUACUAGUACACAAACACCUGUAGAUGUUCUUGAGGUAUAUGUUAUUAUAACAAAAUAAAAACAAAAAUGUGGAAUGUAACAGGAUGAAGUAGACAAAAUCUGCUCAUGCUAACUUUUGAUAAACUUUUUUUCUGUAUGUUUUUAAUAUAUUUUGCAGUAGACAUAAGUGGCAUUAGAUCUAACCUUGUGCUAAGCAGAGGUGUAAACAAGUCGUUAUUUUUUUGUCAUUGUAAACGGUUCUGUAAUGCACGAGUCUUUACGAUGAAACUGCAAAUAUUAUUUUUAUUUAUUAUCUAUUAUUUUUGUAUUUCACCAAUGCAGCAGUUUACAAAUGAUUAAUCAUAUGUUGAAAUAAAAUUAAAUGGGCUAUUGAUUUGGGUCACGAAACAUUAUAAUGGAUUUUAUUCUUUCUGGUGAAACUGCAUUAAGUAAAUAAGACUGCACUAUGACAGUGCUUGCAUUAUGACAUUACUAAGCUUGUUUACUUUCUGUAUGGCUAUGUAGACUGAAAUAUGAGGCAGCCCAUCUCAAAUCUGAGCCAUUUUACUUGAUGUUUGUCUUCAGAAAAAGUUCACUAUGUUACAAUUUUCGAAAGAAAUGCAUUUUGUUACACAUUUUCAGAAAUGUCUACCUUGUACAAACAAAUAAAUAAUAGGCAAUAUGACGUUGAUGUAAUGAUUCAUAUCAUGAGAAAACUUAUUGCAGAACUUUUCCAUACCACUAUUUUGAAAGAUUAAAGGUACAA